UUUUCUCACCUGUAUUCUCGUGAUCCUUUUUGACUUUGUGGCGGACUCAUGGCGGUCUCUGGGUCUCAUCAGCUUUAGGGUUAGGGGUCUUUUAUUUUUAAAGGGCUAGGGUUUUUUUCCAUGAACCUUCGAUUCCCAUUUUAAAACACCAAAUCCUAAUCUCAAAAUCCCCAUUUCAACAGCCUCCUUGCGCUCUCUCUCUCUCUCUCUCUCUCUCUCUCUCGAUCAGCGUCCAACUUCUUCUUGAGAUCUCACUAGCAAAAGGUUGAAGUGAGAAAACAAUGAGGGCACCAUCAAUUCUUGCCCAAUGCUUACCGGGCUUAUUGCCCCAUGAUAGAACUGGUCAUGGUGUUACCGUAGUUUCUGAAAGAGACUCGCAUCUACCUUCUCCGGCUGUCGAGAUUAUUGCUUCAAAGAAUGCUCACCCCUAUAAGUAUGCUGGAGAGAAUGUUGACUUGCAAGGAAUUAACAUCUUCAAGGGUAGAGUUAGUGUUGCAGACAUCAUUGGGUUUUCUAGUUCAGAGAUGAUAUCUUCAAAACCUGAUGGGUCUUUAAAAGCUUGGGAGAGUUCAAUUGAUCUUGUAAAUCUCCUUAAGCAUGAAAUACGUGAUGGACAGUUAAGUUUCAGAGGCAAACGAGUACUUGAGCUUGGUUGCGGUUAUGGUCUGCCAGGGAUUUUCGCUUGCCUGAAGGGUGCAUCAACAGUUCAUUUCCAAGACCCAAAUGCUGAAACAAUAAGAUGUACAACAAUACCCAACGUGCUCGCAAACCUUGAGCAAGCACGAGAGAGGCAAAGCCGACAGCCUGAGAGCCCUCUAACUCCAUCUCGACAGCAAUUAACUCCUGAUGUCCAUUUCUACGCUGGUGAUUGGGAAGAGCUCCAUACAGUGCUCUCAAUGGUUGAGAUUAAUGAGUCUGAGAUCACUCGUGGUAUGAACUUGAGUUUCUCUGAAGAGGAUUUUCUUGAUGGAUGUAGUAGUCAGGAUGGAAGUAUUGGCCAUGAAGCUUCUUCAAGGAGGUCGAGGAAAUUAUCAGGGAGUCGAGCAUGGGAGAGGGCGAAUGAGAUUGACUCAGGAGAUGGAGGGUAUGAUAUUAUAUUGGUUGCUGAGAUCCCUUGCUCUGUGAGCUCUCUGAAGAAGUUGUAUGCGUUAAUAACUAAGUGCUUGCGACCACCUUAUGGGGUGUUAUAUCUCGCUGCAAAGAAAAGCUUUGUCGGUUCUAAUGGCGGAGCACGACAUCUAAAAACCCUAGUUGAUGAAGAAGGUAUUUUCGGUGCCCAUGUGGUUACUGAAUUGGCCGACAGGGAAAUUUGGAAGUUCUUUUUCAAGUGAAGAUAUUGAGGAGGCCAUACAUAAUACUUAUACUCUUAUGUUCAAUUCAAAAUAUCAAGCUAUUGUUGGUUUAUACAUUUUUGUAAAUAUCACAUUUGAAUUGUUUGGCUCUCUUUUAUUUUCGUAAUAAGGUUGCCGAGAAUGCUGGAUCCUUAGGCGUUGCUUGAAAGCUGCAAUGCUACCAUUUUGUACUUUUUUUUCUCUUUUUUCGUAUAUAUUUGUUUGAAUAGUGUUGUUGACAGAAAGAUUUAUCCAAGUUUAAUUCAUAUUUGUUACAGGUUGUUA